AUGUAACCAUCUAGCCAAAGCUUAGAAGGAUAUUAGGAAGUUAGAAUGAAAUUCUCGAGCUCAUGGACAUUUAUGCUUACAUCCUUAGGAUUUGCAGCUGGUUUUGGAAGUGUUUGGAGAUUUCCAUAUCUUGUAUUUAAAAAUGGAGGGGGGACAUUCUUAAUACCAUACUUUAUUUUGGUUUUUACUUUAGCUAUUCCAUUAUUUUUUUUAGAAGUUGGUUUGGGGUAAUGCAAAGGGAUUGGAAUGGCACAUUUGUUAGACUUAGAAAAACCAAAGUUAAGAGGAUUUGGAUAUGUUGGAAUAGUAAUUUGCGCAUACAUAUCUACUUAUUAUAAUUUAAUAAUGGCAUAUUCUUUGAGAUAUUUGUGGGAGUCAUUUAAGUACCCAAUUCCAUGGUUAGAGAGUAUAGUUGAAUAGAAUACACCAUUUUCUAGAGAUUACUUCUAUGAUUCUAUAGUUUAGAUGUCCACUUCAAUUACUGAUAUAAAUCAUAUUAUUUGGAGUCUGUUUAUAGCAUACAUAGUUUCUUUAAUAAUAGUUUACUUUUGUAUAAAAGAAGGCGUUGAGACUUCAGGAAAGGUAGCGAUAGUAACAGCCACUUCGCCUUAUUUUUUAUUAGUGAUUUUAUUAAUAAGAGGCUUAAUGUUGGAGGGUUCAAGCGAGGGAAUUUAUUAUUUAUUUAAACCAGACUUUGUGAAACUAUUUAAUCCUUCAGUUUGGGUAGAUGCUGCUAAUUAGGUUAUCUUUUAAAUGUCAGUUGGACAAGCUAUUCUGUGUUUAUAUGGUAGUUAUAGAAAAAAGGAGGAUAAUUUACCUAAUUUUUCUUUUGCAAUUCCAUUAUUAACUGCAUUGUGUGGAAUGUUAGCCGGUUUGGUCGUAUUCAGUUAUAUAGGACAUGUUAGUUUAAAAUUCAAUGUACCAAUUUCAUAAUUACCUUUAUCUGGUCCUGAUUUGGCAUUUGUUUUAUAUCCCGCAAUUUUAGCUUAGAUGCCAAUGCCAAACUUAUGGUGUAUUUUAUUCUUUUUAGUAUUAUUAUUGUUGGGAAUUGAUACUCAAUUUGGAUUUGUAGAUGGAAUUGCAGGAACAAUUGAGGAUAUUUAUUUAGGUGAAGUGAUCGUUUUGGGAUAUAAAUUGACAGUUCAAUAAGUUAGAUUAUGUGUUUGCAGUAUAUUAGGAGCGAUAGGUUUAAUCUAUUGCACAGAUGUUGGAUUUUAUUUAUUGAGUUUUGUGGAUACUUUUGGAACUAACGUAUCAUUUAUGUUGGGAGUAUUAUUUGAAGUGUUUUACUUUGGAUCAAAAGAGAGAUUUGAAUAAUUGAAGAAGGAUUUAGAGUAAUAUGGGAAUCAUGUGCCUUGGCUUAUUGAAUUUUCAUUAACUAAACUCUGUCAUUACACAGUUAUUGUAUUACUCAUAAUAUCAGUUAUCUCAUAAAUCAAAAAUUCUCUUGAUUAUUCAUUUUAUGUUAUUCUGAUUGGAUGGUUCAUCUCUUUUUCUCCAUUUAUUGCUGCCAUUAAGAUUUAUUUAGAGAAUCGCAAUAGGAUUGACAUGAGCAAGACUGAUUUAGAUAUAGAGUUAUUGACAAAACAAGUAUAAUAGUGA